CAGUCAUAUUACUUGGUCUCUGCUUUGACAUCUCCGCCCAUUCUCGCUUCCGAAUCUAAACUAUCAACCCUUUUCACACCCUUUUAACCUCGUUAUUCCCGUCCGCAAUUCCAACUUCUCGCCUUAAAUAUCGAUUUCUUUCUGGCAAAUCCAGUACCCAACAUCUUCUAACACCUUCAGCUUAAGGCUUCAGCCUUCCUCUUCUUUAUAUCUUCUUCUUCUUCUUCAACAAUGGCAAGCACUGUUUUUGCUAAUUCACUACUGCCUUUAUCUUCUACACCUCCUAGUUCUCUACCCACUUUUAAUGCAUUUCCUCUCUCUCGAAUUUCGUUUCCCAAUUCUAGAUCUCAUUUCCUUUCUACCCAGUUGAAGGAGGAGAAGAAUUUUAGAUUUUUCACCACCUAUUGUUCCCCUGUUGCUGCAUCUGCUAAGGACUCGAAAGAAGAGGAAACUCCCAUCGAACUAAAAUAUGCAGCCUACCCCACUGUGAUGGACAUUAAUCAGAUACGUGAGAUUCUACCUCACCGGUUUCCAUUUCUCCUUGUGGAUAGAGUGAUUGAGUACACUCCAGGGGUUUCAGCUGUUGCUAUCAAGAAUGUCACUAUAAAUGACAAUUUCUUUCCUGGACAUUUUCCAGAGAGACCAAUUAUGCCUGGUGUUCUCAUGGUUGAGGCAAUGGCGCAAGUUGGUGGCUUGGUCAUGCUGCAACCAGAAGUUGGAGGAUCUCGUGACAAUUUCUUCUUUGCUGGAAUUGACAAAGUAAGAUUUAGGAAGCCAGUAAUUGCAGGUGACACAUUAGUUAUGAGAAUGACGCUUCUCAAGCUGCAGAAACGCUUUGGAAUAGCUAAGAUGGAAGGAAAGGCUUAUGUCGGACAGGACGUAGUUUGUGAGGGCGAGUUUUUGAUGGCUAUGGGUAGUGAAUAAUCUACUAGUUUUGAUAUUUCUUGCAAUUUGUUGUUUUCAUCUUGCUUUCUCCUUUUCGUUAGUCUAAAUUUUUUUGGGUAGGACUUGGGAGAGGUUGGGGACAGUCAGGGUGCAGUCAAGUUUAGCUACUUCUCAUCAAAGAAUGUGAAUGGAUUUUUCCAUUUUAGUUAAGUAAUUGGCCUCUGCAAGAUCAUCUUCGCAUGUGUAGGGUUUGUCUUUCAUCGGCAUUCAAUUCUUGUAGGGCAUAUCAAGGCUGUUACUAAUCAAAGUGACUCAAAUUUUCA